AUGCCAGACUGUUGUGAACCGACUCCAUUUAUUGCUGAUCGGGCUGAUCGAAACAUCUUCCAACGUGCUUAUCCGACUCGCUACAUCUCUAGCAACGGAACUGAUGGCUAUUUAUACACGGCAUCAGCAAGCAUGAACACAAAACUGCAACAGAUUUGGAUACAAGCAAGGCGUGGUGUUUGGAUUGAUGAAUGGGCUGUGGCCUUCCAUCUCCAGCCAUGGGUUAAUGAAUCGAAAAAGCACUUGUUGAUCACAGGACUUGGAAUACAUGAUGAAUUAGAUAAUAAUUAUCAAAUUUUAAUCAAAGAAAACCUCAUCCCAACAAUUGUGCCGAGUAUGGAAGAUUUUAGAUGGUAUUAUUACGACAAUAUCACUGAUAUCGGCCCAUCAACGCGUUUAACAAUCGGUGAUCGACCGAACGGAAACCUCGACUUAUGUCCAAAUUUUACGGCAGAAGUCACUUGUCCUUCUGGUACAGAAUAUUCAAUAUAUGCUGGUGGGGAUCCCGGUACAACCCAAACGUCAAAAGCUCUACUUUUUAGCAAUAUGGCUGGCUAUUCAAUUGAUUCCCGAGCCACAGCGACCACCAUUUUACCGAACCAAACCUGUGCUUUUUGUCUUAUUUACGAGCCAAAGAUCAGCAAAGAGCCGGAAUAUUUGGACAAAUUUUCUCUUUGGUCCUCUGAAUAUUAUCCGUGGAUAUUUGACUCAUGGGAUCAUCCAUUGAGUGAGGAGAACUAUACUGGAGUUUUUAAGAUUCAGCCAAAUGAGACCAGAGCAAUCACAGUUGACUUACGGAGGAUCGAGGGUGGAACGCUUGGUUUGCGGACAUAUUCUACAUCUUUGACCUCGGAUGACGUUCAUCUGCAGCCCAUAAUUCACUCAUUUGCAAGUUGUGUAAAGAUAGAAUGGUCACGAGACAGUGACACCACGGAUCAAACGGGAUUUCUCAUUCAUGUUUGGGAGGGUUCAUAUGAGCCUCUGAGUACCGAAACUUCUCCAGUAACCCCCAAAUCAUCCAAGAAAGUCUUAUGGUACUUUAUCGGUGCCGGAUUAGCACUUUUAAUUGUGUUUGCUAUUGGUCUCAUACUUGGAAUCUGUUGGAAAAUAGGAUACAGCAAGGAUCAACCGCUGAGCACUUUGUGGCGAGAACGGGUAUUCCAACACAGCACUCUCUUCGAUCGCCGAUUGCGGAAUGGACUUAAACUGAUGUGCAAUGUGAAGACCCUCAAAUGGGUGCCCUGGGAGCAUGAUUUACACUGGAAUUUGAAUGAAACCCGUUGUGAUUGUAAAAGACAACCGGGUGUUGAUGACGUCAAUCUUGGUAUCCAAUUCGAGCGUCUUGCUGCCGAAUCUCAAAAUUCUGGAUCUCAACAGCAAACGAAUUCGGAUUCGAAUAGGAGUCGGCUCUUCAACUCACCACCAAGAAAUGUUCCAAAUGGAACUAAUAUCACCCAACUCGUCGUUGGCAGCGUCGCCCCGACGGCAACUGGGUUCAUCUUUGUCGGAGGUGUGACUUUGGUAUCGGACAAUGGAGUGUAUAUUCUUGUUGAUACUCCCGCAGCGAGAGAUACGAAAAAUAGGAAUAUUAUGUUACAGGCUUUGCAACGAAUGGACAUUCAGCCGGCACAAAUCCGAUACCUCCUCACCACUCAUGGGCAUCCCGAUCAUAUGGGACAAGAGAACCUAUUCCCGAAUGCCAUUCAUUUGAUGGUUGGUUUUGCAAGCAACGGAUCCUCCUACUCGCCCACCCCAUUGAUACAGGGAAAGGACAGCUACAAGUUGACGCCGAGUGUCGAACUGUGGAACACUCCCGGGCAUACACUUGGUGAUAUAUCACUCAUCGCCUACAAUACAAGCUGUUGUGGAACGGUGGCCGUUGUUGGUGAUCUCAUCCUGACUCAACAGGAUCUGAUCGACUCCUCUCUAUCCAAGCAGUUUCCACCUGAACAACCACAACUGAACAGAUGGAGUCAACAACGAGUGAUCUGUGCUUCGGAUUAUAUUGUACCCGGACAUGAACCAAUGUUUAGAGUCACCAAUCAGCUCCGCCAAAAUGCACAGUGUCAGGGUAAAAGAAUGAAA